AAAUCUGUAAUAUUUAAAAAAAUGGUUAGACUUUGUUACACGAACCGUGAAUUACGGUUACAUGUAUUUGUUAGAUUUAUAUAGGUCAUUUUUAGUAAUUUUUUAUCUACUCUCAACUCAAUUUAAAAAAGAAAAAAAGAUCUCUGUGUGUUUAUAAAGUUUCAUAAUUAUGUUGUGUGAAUGAUAUUGGUCCAACUCUGACAGUCAUAUGUAAUUAAUAUGCCCCCUUUGCGCUUUUAAUUUACAUUCACUUAUUUAUUUAAUUUCUGGUGUUUCGUCCUUUUAUCAUUGAAAGUGGUUGGUAGCUACCUCUACCUUCACACCCUAUAAAUAUCCAUUUAUAUUACCAAAAUUAUCACAAGGAAAUUAUAAAUUAGAAAUUUCAUUAAAUUGUGGGGGUUUGGUUAAGAAAAUGUCCUACUCUUUAUCUACUCUUUCGUCAGCAAUAAAUCUUUCUUAAAAAUUUAUAUUAAAUACAUUUGUUUUUUUUUUUAAAAAAAAAAUAAAAAAAAAAAAAAAAAAAAAAAAAAAAAAGGAGAAAGAAAGUGAGAAGUCGGUUACACCCUACCCAAAAAAAAACCCCGUCAGUCUCCCUACGUGCGUCAUCUGCUUUAAUCCUCCACGUGUCAUAUACCCACAUUCUCACUCUUUUCUCCUCUCUUCCCUCCUCCUCCUCCUCCUCCUCCUCCUCCUCCUCCUCCUCCUCCUCCUCCUCCUCCUCUAUUAUUUCUUAUUUCUUAUUUCUUAUUUCUUAUUAUUAAUUAACCCCUAAACCCAAACUAAUCACUAAUCACUAAUCACUAAUCACUAAUCACAUAUAUAUGUUUUUAUUAAACAACCAAUCCAAUCUUCCCUUGGAAAAGGUCUUGAAUCUCGGAAAUGUCCUCCUAUCUUUCCCUAUAUUACGGGAUUGACCCCCAUCCCCUCUUUUCUCUUUUAACCUAUAAAUACUAACCCUCACAUUAUUUCUCUCUUCUGAAUGCAAACUUUUUUUUUUUUUAUUAUUAUUAUUAUUUUUUUUUUCAUUUUUUUCAUUUUCAAUUUCAAUUUCCCACACCACCAACAACAACAAUUCAUUCUCUCCCUUUCGUUUUUUGUUUCUUUAUGUGAUGGGAUACGGAUCGCCAUUAACAUCCUUCAAUGCUAACGCCACACCCCUGGAGACCGCUGCUCUGUUUCCCCCAUACAAUUCUACUUUACCAAUGGAUCAUUCCUUUCCGAAGGCGGCUCCGGUGCUUCCCACCUCCACAGGUGUUGUUAUGAAGUCCGAUAGCGGUAUAACCUACAAUCUCCCCAUUCCCAGAAAGCGACCAAGAGAUCAUCAUCAUCAUCAUCAUCAUCAUCAUCAUCCCCAUUCUUCUACUUCUAAUACACUUAACCGAUUCGUUUCCUAUCCUUCGUCGCAAGUUCAGAAUAAUUCCCAGAAGAAUUGCGGUUGUAAUUUAUAUUUUCUGGGUGAAGAUAUCUCAAUUCAGAUUCAACAACAACAAAUGGAUCUAGAUCUAUUGAUUUCACAACAUCAGAUGGAGAAGGUGAGAAUGGAAGUGGAGGAGAAACGGAAGAGAGAAGCGAGGAGAAUAAUGGAGGUAAUAGAGUUGGGGAUGAUGAGGAUAUUGAGGAGUAAAGAGGAAGAGAUUGAGAAGAUGGGGAAAUUAAAUUGGGAAUUGGAAGAGAGAGUGAAUUGUUUGAGUAUGGAGAAUCAAAUAUGGAGAGAUGUGGCAGAGACGAAUGAAGCGACGGCAAAUGCGUUAAGGAGGAAUUUGGAGGAAGUACUGCUUUUACAGGAGAAGACAACGGUGGUGGUGGUGGAGGAGGAGGUGGCAGAGUCGUGUUGUGAGGGCGGUGGUGGUGGGACGGAGGAAGAUGAUGAGAGGAGGAUGAGGAAGAAGAAGAGGAAGGAAGAAGAAGAUGGAGGAGGAGGAGGAGAAGAAGAAGAAAGAAGGUGUAAGAAAUGUGGAAAGGAAGAAUCGUGUGUGUUGUUAUUGCCAUGCAGACAUUUGUGUUUAUGUACUGUUUGUGCUUCUUCUUUACAUAAUUGUCCUAUUUGUAACUCUACUAACAAUGCUAGUGUUCGUGUAAUCCUCCCUUAACACUAAUACACUUACAUUUCCCAAUUCAA